UUGAUAUAUUACAAUUGUCAUGUAGAGGAACUCAAAAUAAGAGAUAAGAAAUUAGAGAAAGAARGAAAACAAGAGGAGGAAGCAAAGAAGAAGUCAGAGAAAGGAGUCAAUAAAAGGGAAGUGGAGGAAACAAACGCAGUAACUUUCGUGGUAAAAGACCCGACGAAGCAAGACGAACGAAAACGAUUGAUUGAAGAUAAAAAACGCGAUGAAGAGGAAAAGAGAAAAAGAGAAGAAGAAAAAAGACGUAAAUUUGAAGAAGAACGUAAAAAAAGAGAGRAAAAACUGGAGGAAAUGAAAAGAGCCUUCUUGGCAAAGGAAAGACAUGAAGAACCAACUAAGGGAGAAUUAGAAAUCGUAGAUGGACUCAAAGAAACGGAGGUAAAARAUGAAAGCGAUAAACCAAAGCAGGGGCAGGAAGAAAUCCUUCAUCCAGUAACAGAAGAAGCGUGCUUGUCGUCUCCUACCUCUACCUUGGAGGCAGCUCCUAAUGAAACAGGGAUUACUWGUGAGACAAACGAGAAGAACGAAGAGGAAAAAGAAGAUGGGAAGAAAGAAAAAGCUGUUACUGAAGUCGAGGAAGCGACGGGAGUAGGCGAGGGAGCGAAGAAAGGUGAACAAGACGUCAAGAAAAAGCGCGGUAAAAAGAAACUACCGCUUUGUUAUCCACGUCGCAAACCCGUAAAAUCUACUGUUAAGACUSCCGAUAAACCCAAAGAAACAGAAAAGAAAGAGAAAAGGCAUGAACCAAAGGAAGAAGAAAUCUUAAAUCCUGUCGCUAGUACUUCUAUCAAGCUCUAUUCGCCUAUAACUGCUGUACGAGAUCAAGACAUCGAUAUGUUGAUGGAAUGGGAGAAAGAAGGUACUCAAGGUUGGAAGAAAGAAAAGACAUCACGUGAUUUUCAAAUAUGGAAACGAAAAGCCCGAGAGGGUUGUCCGCCCGUCASCAAGGCGAUUCUCACACUAAAUGAUAUUCCAUAUGAAAACGCUGUUGAAAUAAUUAGUGACUGGGACACCAGGCAAGACUGGGACAAGACGUUCGAUAAAGUUACAGUAUUAGAAACAAUUGAUACAUCAAGACUCGUCUAUUGUCCUGUCAAAAAGAAAGAACUUUUCUUGRCCGUUAAAGACAGACAAGAAGAACAGUACUACGCGUCCGCCUGGAAAAACACAACACAUCCAAAAAUUGACGAUAAUAAAACCAAAGAACUUAAGCUUGACUACCUGGUUUCUGGUCUAGUGAUUCGUCCAAUCAGUAGCGGUGGUUCCCAGAUCACCCUGCUCUGCCAGGUCAAAGGCUCGGUUCCUUCACAAGUCAAGAGYACAUUCUUGGCAGCCAACCCAGCCAAAUGGAUCGAAGAUCUCAAAAAACACCACGCUAGCAAAACUAAGGAAAAUGCUGCAAAAUAAGAGCAUGCUUCUAAUAAGUCAUGAAAUAGUCUUUAAUUAAAAAAAAGGUUUAAAAAAGGUACAGCGGUUUCUGUGUGAGACCACAUGUAGAAGAGGUUAUUGAAUUUACUUGCAGAGAUAAGAUAAAACAACUAGUAGAUAAAGUGCCUAAAAUAUUUAGAGUACAGUUUUUGAACUGCCAUUUAAAAGCUGUUAUGUUGAUGCUGGUGGAAUGUUACUUCAUUGCCUGUACGGUGCAAAAUUGCGCGCAGUUUUGAAAGCAAUCAAUGCUGCCAGCCAUGUCACACGACGCAAUUUGUUUCACGCAAUGUCCUACUUCAGMCUGCAAUAUUGCGCGCAAUGUUGCGCCUUGUGUCCACGCCUUCGGGUAGCUAUCCUGUGGCACUAGUUUAGUGUAGUUCGUUCGUUGCAUUUGAUUUUUGCACAGCUCCUAGCUUUCCCGCUUUAGUAUUUUCACUUCACUUUCACUAUGUUGUACGAAUUUUAGAAUUGUAAAAUGYUUUACGAUAUUUAAGGACAUUUAUAUUAAUAAUUAGCUAGAGAGCUCUAGUUAUCAUGUAUUCAAGGGAUUUUCAAUCAAAUCUAUAUUCUUUGAUUUUACUAAUGCAAGCAGAUAAAUUGAAUAAUCGCGUGCUCCAAAACACUAAAACCUUGAGUCGUGUGCGACAUCAGAAAAUGAACGCACGAAACAACAUGUGAUUAACGUUCCAAAGUU